AUGUCGCCCAUCAACUACUAUAACACGUUCUCGUAUUUCGUGGCCGCCGUUGGAUUUGCGAUAACCAUCAGUGUCUUUCGGAAGCGUCGCGAUCAUAAGCUUCCCCCUGGCCCUUCCGGCCUUCCGUUCAUAGGAAAUGUGCACCAGCUGGACACCGCGAAGGAUCGGAAAGGUGACAUUAUGUACUGUCGCAUCCUCGGACAAGAUGUGAUCGUCCUUAUUUCAGAGAAGGUCGCCCAAGAUCUGCUCAAUCAGUGGUCCAGCAACUACUCAGACCGGAUAGAGAUGCCUGCUCUCACUGAUCCGUAUGGACUGACCUAUAACACCGCCCUUCUCGGUCACUCAGACUCCUGGCGUUUCCAUCGACGUAUCUUCCAUCAAACUCUACGGUCCAACGUUGCCGUUGCAUAUAGGCCUAUGCAGCUGGUCAAGACUGCCGAGCUGGUCGAGAACAUUGCCAAGUCACCAGAGGCGUGGUGGGACCAUACCAGAAGGUUCUCAGCGGGAGUUAUCUUGAGUGCCAUGUAUGAUCAUGAGCUCAGCGGCACUACAGAGGAUGAUGGUGUUCUGAAGACGGUGGCCACGGCAUUGCAACUCCUGACUCGGCUUUUCACCCCUGAAACUGCGAUGCUGAUAACCAUGUUUCCGAUUGUAAAGUCCAUCCCGACCUGGCUUCCAGGUGGCUGGCUCAAUGUUGUACACUGCAAAAAUGUCAUUGGGGAGAUGUACCAUGGACCGUUCAAUAUGCUUGAAGCCAGACUGGACGCUGGCGAAGCUAACCAAUGUGUGGCGUCCGACGCGCUGACAAGGUUUCGUAAUACGGACAAGAUAGAUAACCUGGAUGACGUUGUUAGAGGCGUGUGCGGGACCGCGUAUGCAGCCGGGGAGGAGACGACUGGGGCAACGGUCAUCAUCUUUAUGUUGGCCAUGACCUUGUAUCCGGAGGUGCAAGCACGAGCUCAAGCGGAGAUUGAUGAGGUCGUUGGGACAGACCGACUUCCGGAUUUCGAAGACAGAACGUCACUGCCUUACCUCGAGGCCGUAUACUGUGAGACUCUGAGGUGGAGGCCAGUCGCACCCACUGGCAUUCAACAUGCGACGACGGAUGCAGACGUGUAUAACGGGUACUACAUCCCAAAAGGAGCAUUGGUUAUCUCUAAUAUCUGGGCCAUGUCUCAGAACCCUGACAAGUAUCCAUCUCCCUCAUCAUUCGAUCCCUCUCGCUUUCUCGACGCUGACGGUAGCCUCGUCGGUAAUGAGCCCGAAUAUGCGUUUGGAUUCGGCCGGCGUAUCUGUCCUGGGAGACACCUUGCGAAUGGAUCGGUUUGGUCAGCGAUGGCUCGCAUCCUUUCGGUGUUCCAAAUCGAAAAGGCAAAGGAUGCAGCCGGUAACGUUAUUUACCCAGACCCUGAGUGGACUUUGGGAUUGACAACGUUCCCCAAGCCGUUUCCGUGCAAGAUCACGCAGCGAAGGGUAGAUGUGCCAAAGUAGCUUACAGUAUGUUCCCGCUAUACACGGAUUUUCUGCUACCGGGUCUUUCGAGUAGGCUGUCAGGUGUUUUCAAGCGUAAUGUACGUUGUUUGUUU